CCCGCCCGCCGGCGCCUGCGCACUUCCCGCUUCCUGCUGCGCUCCACGGCCGGCUGUGCGCUGCUGAGUUGCCCAUAGGUUCUCCUUUUGCAAGUAACUUCGCAGAUUCCUGAAGCACUAAUGGAUGUACAUGGUGGAAAAUGAGUGGUUCUCAUCUGGGACUCUGUAGUUCAGAGUUUCUACCGUCUGUGGUAAAACCAGAACUUAACCAGGGAUGGAGCUGGCUCAUAGUUUGUUGUUGAACGAGGAAGCAUUAGCACAGAUCACAGAGGCAAAGAGGCCAGUCUUUAUCUUUGAGUGGUUGAGAUUUUUAGAUAAAGUGCUGGUAGCUGCUAACAAGACAGAUGUCAAGGAGAAACAGAAGAAACUGGUAGAACAGCUAACAGGACUCAUCAGCAGCUCCCCAGGGCCGCCAACGCGAAAACUCCUCGCGAAAAACCUUGCUGCUCUCUACAGCAUUGGAGACACGUUCACAGUUUUUCAGACACUUGACAAGUGUAAUGACAUCAUCAAGAGCAAAGAUGAUACUGCAGCCUACCUGCCCACAAAACUGGCUGCUGUGGCAUGUGUUGGAGCAUUUUAUGAGAAGAUGGGCAGAAUGCUGGGUAGUGCUUUUCCAGAGACAGUGAAUAAUCUUUUAAAAUCUCUGAAGAGUGCAGAGUCUCAGGGCCGCAGUGAAAUCCUGAUGAGUUUACAGAAGGUCUUAAACGGACUUGGAGGAGCAGCAGCUUCUUGUCACCGUGAUAUUUACAAGAACGCCCGGUCUCUGCUGACAGACAGAUCUAUGGCUGUGCGAUGUGCAGUGGCCAAGUGUCUGCUGGAAUUGCAAAAUGAAGCCGUGUUUAUGUGGACAGCUGAGCUGGAAAAUGUUGCUACGCUGUGCUUUAAAGCUCUGGAAAACUCAAACUAUGGUGUGCGGGUUGCUGUGUCAAAGCUUUUGGGAACUGUCAUGGCUACAGCACUGAUACCAAAACAAGCAACAGUGAUGCGACAGAAUGUGAAGAGGGCUACUCUUGAGGAGGUCUUGGAACUCAUGGCCACAGGAUUUCUGCGAGGAGGGUCUGGUUUCCUAAAGAGUGGUGGAGAGAUGCUUAAAGUGGGAGGAUCUGUCAAUAGGGAAGUGAGAGUUGGUGUUACUCAGGCCUAUGUUGUCUUUGUUACAACAUUAGGAGGUCAGUGGUUGGAGCGCAACUUUGCUACAUUUUUGUCCCAUGUACUUGACCUGGUCUCCCAUCCUCGUGCAACUCAGACCCACGUGGAGGCAGUGUACUCUCGAAGAUGUGUGUCCUUCAUCCUGAGAGCAACAGUGGGCAGCUUAUUGGGGGAGAAAGCACAGAUUGCAGCUGCUAAAGAUAUAUGCCAAGCCAUUGGUAAACAGAUGAAGGCAGUGGAGGCAGUAGUGAAUGAUGCUAACAGUGAAAAUAAAGCAGGAGCUGCUGACGUGGCUGCAAGCCAGCAUGUAAUGGUGUGUGCUCUCCAAGAACUGGGCAGUCUGGUGCAGAGUCUGAAUGCUACUGCAUCUCCUCUUAUUCAAGAACCCUCUAUUGGUCUGUUGGAGACAGUAACAUCAGUUCUUCUUCAUCCCAGCAUGGCUGCUCGACUUGCUGCUGCGUGGUGCUUGCGGUGUGUAGCUGUGGCAUUGCCUUUUCAGUUGACUCCAUUUUUAGAUAGAUGUGCAGAAAGACUCAACAAUCUGAAGACCUCCCCCGAAGCUGUUAGUGGCUACAGUUUUGCAAUGGCUGCUUUAUUAGGUGGUGUGCAUCAGUGUCCCUUAGGUAUUCCUCAUGCAAAAGGAAAGAUGGUGGUUAGCAUUGCUGAGGAUCUGUUACGAACUGCUGCACAGAACAGCAGGCUUUCCUUGCAAAGGACUCAAGCUGGAUGGCUUUUACUUGGGGCACUUAUGACUUUAGGUCCUUCUGUUGUUCGUUAUCAUCUACCAAAGAUGUUGCUGCUGUGGAGAAAUGUGUUCCCACGAUCUCUGAAGGAGUUAGAAGCAGAAAAGGCAAGAGGAGAUUCUUUUACCUGGCAAGUAACUCUGGAAGGCCGCGCUGGGGCUCUGUGUGCCAUGAGAAGUUUUGUUGCUCACUGUCCUGAGCUCCUUACUGAGGAUGUAAUCAGGAAGUUGAUGACACCUAUAGAAUGUGCCAUGACAAUGAUGUCACACAUUCCAUCAGUAAUUAAAGCCCAUGGAGCUCAUCUGAAAGCUAGUGCAGCUAUGGUCCGUUUAAGACUUUAUGAUAUACUGGCUUUAUUACCUCCAAAGACAUAUGAAGGUUCAUUUAAUGCACUUCUUAGGGAGUUGGUAGCAGAAUUUACUUUGACAGACAACUCUGCUAAUACAACCACGUCGCUCCUGAGGUCUCUUUGUCAUUAUGACGACAGUGUUCUACUUGGCUCUUGGCUUCAGGAGACUGAUCAUAAGUCAAUUGAAGACCAGCUUCAGCCAAACAGUGCAUCUGGAAGUGGUGCUUUGGAACACGAUCCUUCCUCUAUUUAUUUGCGCAUCCCUGCUGGUGAAGCUGUACCCGGUCCUCUUCCUCUAGGAGUGUCUGUCAUCGAUGCAUCUGUGGCUCUCUUUGGUGUGGUUUUUCCUCAUGUGUCUUACAAACACAGAUUGCAGAUGUUGGAUCACUUUGCUGAAUGUGUCAAGCAGGCUAAAGGUGUUCGACAGCAAGCUGUGCAGCUUAACAUCUUUACUGCUGUUCUUAGUGCCUUGAAGGGGUUAGCUGAGAACAAAAGCACAUUAGGACCAGAAGAAGUUCGCAAAUCUGCUCUAACACUGGUAAUGGGUGCACUCGAUAACCCUAACCCUAUUCUGAGGUGUGCAGCAGGAGAAGCUCUUGGUAGAAUGGCUCAAGUGGUUGGAGAAGCCACUUUCAUCGCUCGAAUGGCUCAGUACAGCUUUGAUAAGUUAAAAUCUGCUCGAGAUGUUGUAUCAAGAACAGGCCAUUCUUUGGCCCUGGGUUGCCUCCAUCGAUACGUUGGUGGGAUAGGUUCUGGACAGCAUCUGAAAACCAGUGUCAGUAUUCUCUUGGCUUUGGCACAAGAUGGAACUUCUCCUGAAGUCCAGACCUGGUCUCUCCAUUCACUUGCCUUGAUAGUUGAUUCUAGUGGACCAAUGUACCGCGGAUAUGUGGAGCCAACGCUUUCUCUAGUUCUUACUCUGCUCUUAACUGUUCCACCGUCACAUACAGAAGUGCAUCAAUGCUUAGGCCGAUGUCUUGGAGCUAUAAUAACUACAGUUGGGCCUGAGCUGCAAGGUAAUGGAGCUACAAUUUCAACAAUCCGUUCGUCCUGUUUGGUGGGAUGUGCAAUCACACAGGACCACUCAGAUUCUCUCGUUCAGGCAGCGGCCAUAUCCUGCCUUCAGCAGCUCCAUAUGUUUGCACCACGGCACGUCAACCUAUCCAGUCUGGUUCCCAGUCUUUGCGUUCACUUGUGCAGCUCCCACUUGCUGCUUCGCCGGGCUGCAGUUGCGUGUUUACGACAGCUUGCUCAGAGAGAAGCAGCGGAAGUAUGUGAAUAUGCCAUGAGCUUAGCAAAAAAUGCUGGAGACAAAGAAAAUAAUGGCAUCAAUAUUAAUACUUUUACCCCUGGAGCUGGUUCUCGGCGAGAUGCUCAUUCCCGGCAUCAGGGCGUUAAUAUCACAGAGACAGGCCUCGAAGGCGUCCUCUUCGGUAUGCUGGAUCGAGAAACGGAUCGGAAGUUGUGCUCAGAUAUCCAUGAUACUCUGGGACAUAUGCUUUCAUCUCUGGCAGUAGAAAACCUUUCUCACUGGCUAAUGCUUUGUAAGGAUGUCCUUGCAGCUUCCAGUGACAUGAGCACUGCAGCUCCCUUGGGAGGAGGUAAGGAUGAAGAAUCGGAGAAGAAGGACGAGAUGGAUGAUGAUACAAUGUUUACUACCCUGGGUGAAGAGGAUAAAACCAAGCCUUCUGUAGCACCUCGCUGGGCAACUCGUGUAUUUGCAGCCGACUGCCUGUGCCGAGUGAUCAUGCUGUGUGAGAAUGCAAACAAGGCACACUUUGAUCUGGCGCUGGCUCGUUCAGCCAGACUUAAAAACCCAAAAAAUGACUUCUUAGUACUGCAUCUCUCUGACCUUAUUCGAAUGGCGUUCAUGGCUGCAACUGAUCACAGCAACCAGCUACGAAUGGCGGGUCUUCAAGCUCUUGAAGACAUUAUCAAGAAAUUUGCGUCAGUUCCUGAGCCAGAGUUUCCAGGCCAUGUGAUACUGGAGCAAUACCAGGCUAAUGUUGGAGCUGCUCUGAGGCCAGCAUUUUCCCAAGACACACCAUCUGACAUAACUGCCAAGGCCUGCCAGGUAUGUAGCGCAUGGAUAGGAAGUGGGGUUGUAAGUGACCUCAAUGAUCUCCGCCGAGUUCACAACCUUCUUGUCUCUUCUCUGGAUAAAGUACAAGCAGGAAAAGGAUCCUCCAGCCAGCUUUACCGGGAAAGUGCCACCACUAUGGAAAAACUUGCAGUUCUGAAAGCAUGGGCUGAGGUGUAUGUUGUGGCCAUGAAAAUUAAGAAAGAAGCAGAGACCAAACCCAAACGUGUUUUAAAGAGUACAGAGGAGGAUGAGGAUGAUUUUGGCACAGUAGACGAGUUGCCACCUGACAGUUUGAUAACACUUGUACAGCCAGAGUUGCUUUCACUUAGCCGCCUCUGGUUAGCUGCACUGAAAGAUUAUGCUCUUCUAACCCUACCAGCUGAGUUUGCGACUCAGCUUCCACCAGAUGGAGGAGCAUUUUACACUCCUGAAACAAUUGAUACAGCUAGACUGCAUUAUCGAAACUCUUGGGCUCCUAUACUUCAUGCAGUGGCACUUUGGCUAAACAGUACAGGUUUCAGUGCUUCUGAGUUGACAGAAGAGACUGCUGCAGCAAUGCCUAACUCACAGAAACGUAGCACAUCUAUUAUGUUAAACCAGACACCUGGAACUCCACCUACCACUAAAUCUUUGCCAGAGUUGAACAAAGAUCGCAUGCACUUAAUUUUGGGUGUUAGCAUACAGUUUCUCUGUUCCCCAAGACCUGAAGAGCCUGUUGAACAUGUUACAUCUUGUUUACAAGCACUUCACACUUUAUUGGAUUCCCCUUGUGCCAGGAUCCAUAUUGCAGAGGAUCAGCUCCUUGGUGUUGAACUCCUGAGUGUGCUUCACCGACUCCUCCUGACUUGGGAUCCUACUUCAGUCCAACUAUUGGUUACAGGAGUUGUCCAGCAGAUAGUAAGAGCAGCUCAGGAUUAUUUGCAGGAAAAGAGGAACUCCCUAAAUGAAGAGGAUAUUGGAGAAAAAGAAAAUCCUCUUGCUUUAGGAGAGGGAGGUGAGACUGGUGGUCUUGUACCUGGAAAAUCUCUAGUAUUUGCAGCCAUGGAAUUGCUCAUGUUUAUCCUGGUACGACACAUGCCCCAUCUAAGUUCCAAAGUGUCAGAUUCUCCAAGUCACGUUGCUGCCAAAUCCCAUCUUUCUGAGGAGAGUGCUCGUCUUGUGGCUGCCACUGUCACUAUACUGUCUGACCUACCUUCUCUCUGUUCUCCAGCAGGUUGUAUGACAGUCCUGCCUACUAUCCUAUUUCUGAUUACGAGAGUAUUGAAAGAAACAGCUGUAAAAUCAGCAGACAAUCAGGUCCCACCUCCAGUCAGUGCAGCACUUCAAGGGAUAAAAACUAUUGUUACUCUUCCAACAGUCAAGACUGAUGAAACUCAAAACCAGUGGGCAAGUCUUAUUCGCAGUACUUUGGCAUCUAUCCUGGAGUACUCACAACCUGAAGCCUCCAAGCCUGUUCUCGAUGAAGUAAGCGUACUUACAGCUAUUGCUCUCUUCCUUUGGUCAGCAAGCACUGAAAUAAUUGGAGUACAGUCUUUACAGAAUGGAUGUAUAAACAGAUUUAAAAAUGCAUUAAAUUCCAGUGAUCCUUGGGUUCAAGCCAAGUGUUACCAGCUUCUACUUUCUGUGUUCCAACAUACCAAUCGUGCUCUGUCGACUCCAUACAUUCAUUCCUUGGCCCCUAUAAUGGUUGAGAAGUUGAAAGCUGUGGAAAGGAACCGCCCAACAAACAACCUAGAGCUGUUAGCAGUCCAGGAAGGAAUUAAGGUCCUUGAAACACUGGUUGCCCUUGGUGAAGAGCAGAAUAGAGUCCAGUUGCUUGCGCUGCUUGUUCCCACUCUGAUCUCCUACUUAUUGAAUGAAAAUGCCUUUGCUUCUGCAUCUACAGCAUCUAAAGACCUUCACGAGUUUGCACUUCAGAAUUUGAUGCACAUUGGACCACUUUACCCACAUGCUUUCAAGACCGUAAUGGGAGCUGCGCCUGAAUUAAAAACACGCCUAGAAACUGCAGUCCGAGCUAGUCAGGCCAGCAAGGCAAAAGCAGCUGCUAGGCAACCACCACCCACAGUACAUUCCACCCCAACAAUUAAACUGAAAACUAGCUUUUUUUGAAUUACUUUUAUUAUUUUUGGACCGUUACGUUGUCCGAAGCACUACAUUAUCCCUGAUAUGUUACUGCAAAUAAGUCUGUAAUUUUGUGUAAUUUGUAUCUUAAAGGCUGUCUAAUAGAGCUUUGUGUAAUUACUUGAAAUCUGUGCAUUACAAGGGAAGUGGUGUUACUUGUAUUUGUAUAGCUUUUUGAGAAAUUGAGUGUGAUCAUAUUUAUGAAUUUGCAAUAUAAAUUAUCCACAAAAAAAAAACCCACCUUGUUCUCUAUCUCAUGAAAUCCUCUUAUUUUUUAAAAGAACCCUUAACCUUUCUGAAUGGUGUUUGAAAUCUGGUGGCUGUUAUUGUACCACUGUGCUAACACAGUGGGGAUGCAAGGAAGAGUGGACACUGUUAUGCAGUACUUACUGUGUACAUGGGGAAUGUCAAGAGUAGAAAUAUGCACUCUUUCUUUUUAAAACAAACUAGGGAAGAGAACUGCCAGACACUGUAGAGCUUUUCUGCUUGCAUGGAAGGGGGAGAAGAAAAAAAAAAAAGACAACUUUCAGCCUUUCUCAAGGUAAACAGUCGAGCAUGCUGUGUAAUGAGUUGUCUUUCCUUUAUGUGGUGUAUCUUUUGGGUCCAUUUUAAUGCUUGAAUAAAGCAUUACAAAAGUCUAAUGCCGUAUUUCCUCUAACAACAGGAACAACAUAAAAAAUGAAACAAAAAACAGUGCAUUAGAAAUUUAUUUUAAAAAGAGGACUGCCUGCUGUCUGCAUUUGUGUUGCUGUGGCUCUUGGCCCUUGCAAGGUGCAGUGUUAGCAGUCCCUCUAUUCUGCCAGACACUGGUUGAAAGUGAUGGCUAUGUGUACUGCAUGUUGUUCAGAUUCUAAGAUAUUUACUUCUUCCUGCAAAAUUUUAAUAUCACUGGAGAUGUAGUCUUUGAUAAAGUUUGCAGAACCGAAUGACUUUGCACCUGUGCUGACUGAAAGGGAGUAGAACACAAGAAUGAGCAAGGCCCUCCAAUUUUACUUUCUCCUACCUGGCUUCUCUUUUUUUUUUAAAUAUGCGUGACCUCCCCUCACAUUUGAGUGGGUUUGAUUUGUUGUUUUUGGAUCUGAAAGAUAGCUCAAGUGCUGAACUAAGUGUACAGAAGAAGAGCUCAACUCCCAGUGGUCUGUCUGCCUUGUGCCACACCUCCCCCUUCUGUUAGCAGAGGUGCAGAAUCACGUAUUUUCUUGUAUAUACAAGACUGACUCACAUGAAGAUUUUGACACUGCUAUUGAAUUUACAGAGUUCCAUAGGGAUCUUUCUAUGCAUAUUGCUUUAUAGAGAAAAGUUUUGUAACUGGAAGACUGGGCUUGGACUACUGGGGUUUCAUGUCUGAUAUUUUUCUGGAUAUAACAGGGCUCUGUAGAAACAGUGUAUUUUAGGAGCUUCUACUUGAACCCAAGUGUAACAAAGGAUAGUAAAUAGAAAUGAGCAUGGUUAAUAGUUGAUUGAAAUAUUUGUAGAUUGUUAUUUUUGCAUAGUCGUUUGCCUCUCAUCUCUCAUAACAGCUUAUGUAACCCUUUGGGUACCUAUGCAAAAUGAAAGAUAAGAUAAUGCUCUCUUACCCUGUUGUAUUGGAUGUGGAUAAAACAUAUUAUAAAUCUGAAAGUCUUUUACUUCAGACUGAUUAUUUUAGUACCAAAGUGAGAAAAGAAGUUUGCACCAAGGCAAGAGGAGCAAACUAAUAUUUCAAAUGUCUUUUUCAUAAGCAUGUGAAGAUUAACUUUCAAGUCUUUUCCAUUUCCUACUGCAGUUAGAGAUGCAUGCAGCAGUGAAAAUCAUACUAUGUUGUGCAGGAGGAAACGGAUUUCACUAUUCUCAUCCUGUCAUCUUUGUGUAGUGGGAUUUAAAUUCAUCAAAGUUUAUCACUUUCCUAUAAGUGUUUCAAAUAUUACAAUGCUCUUUUGCUCAGCAGUUGUUUUGAACCCUCUUAAAUGUUUGAGAAAGUUCCAUUAAAGCGUAUAAGGAAACUCUCAUUGUAGAAUUGAUCACAAAUUAUUUGCAAUUAAAAAUAAGGACAGUCAAGAAGUUCUCUUCCUUGAUAGUUCAGUAACUGAUGACUGGUGUUUGCUGGAAAGGUUUUUUUUUUUGUUUGUUUGUUUGUUUUUUUUUAA